CUUCCUUUUAAGAUUCAAUAUUAACUAUUUAAGAAAUAAUUAUUGUUUGAAAAUUUUAGGUGAUAAAUUCAAAUUUUGUUUUUGGUUUUAUUACUAAUUAUGAUAAGAAAGUAUAAUUUUCAUCAUUGAAAUAAUUAAAAAGAUAUAUAUAUAUAUAUCUAUAUUGUAUAAACUGAAUCUAUCAUCAAUAGUUACAAUGUAUUCAAACAAAAGUAAUACGAAUCUAUAUGUAUUUGUAUCAAUGAAUAUUUAUAAUAAACAAAUAAUACAUUCAUAUUGAAAACAUAAUGGAGAGUAUGUAUACAUAUUAUUCAAUGAACUCUUUCUAUCCGUCUAUUUAUUUGAAUAACUAGAUAAAUGACUAACAUAUAAAUAUACAUUGAUUUGUUUUUAUUCAAUUGAUUCAUUGUUCAAUGUUUAUUUUGUUUAAAUAUUUUAAUACUUAAACGAAUGUUAUUUCAUUCUAUGAACUUAUACAUUCAUUCAUUCAUUCAUUCAUUCAAAUAACUAACUAAUCAAAUGAAACUAAAUGAAACCUUCAUGAAUCUAUCAAUCAUUCAGUUUCUAGUUAAAUUAAUUGAAAAUCUAAAAUGCAAAAAAAUAUAUAUACGUAUGAAUAUGGAAAAAGAUUAUUAUAUGUAAGUAAAAAGAAAAGAAUUUGAUUUGCUACCCUGAGAAAAUAAAAAAAAAUUUGACCUGAAAAAAGAAAAAGUAAUUUAAAUAUUAAAAUUGAUAACAGUUUCUCUUUUUUUUCUCUCUCUCUUUCUUGAAUGAAAACACAAACGAUUUCAUUAUAAGUUAGUGAUAAUGAAUAAUCUAUUCAUGUAUAUAAAAUGGAUUAUAUGUAUACGUUAAAAAAACAAAACAUAAGAAGAAUCUAUGAAGAGAAAAGAAUAAAUAAAAAAAGGAGCAUAUGUUUGUCUAAUAUGUUAUGGUAUAAUUUAUAAAUUGAACAUUGAUUAUAAUAAUUAUGUCAAGUUUAAAAUAUUUAUGGCCAUCUACAGCAUUUGUUUUAGGUAAUUCAAUGGGAUUUAAUACAUCGAAUGGAAAUACAUUUAAUUCAUUGAAUUCUUCAUCAUUCUCUUCUUCUUCUUCAUCAUCAUCAUCGUCAUCAUCAUCAUCAUCAUCAUUUUCAUCUGAUGUAUCACAACAUUUUAUUAGUUCAAUGAAUUCUAUUACUUCUAAUGAAUUAAUACAUUCUAUAGCUAAUUCAUCAAUGACACCAGAACUAGUACAAAAUUUAAAUGAUCUACAUACUUUAAACCAUGAUCAUCUUAAUCAAAAUGAUAGAUUUCAUCAGAUGAAUUCUUAUUUACAUAAUAAUAAUAAUGACAAUAAUACUAAUAGUAAUGAUAACAAUAGUUUUACACAGAUACAUGAAGUAACAAAUCAACAACGACAUCUUAAAAUGGAAGAAUGUAGUUCUUCCAUACUGAAUAAAAAUACUACUGUUAAUACUACUAAUACUGGCAAUGCAACAUCAAGACCUUCUUGGUCAUGUUUAGACAAUAACGAUAAUAAUAAUAAUAGUACAUCUUUAAUGCCUAUAACUUGUAAUCAUAGUUAUGAUGAUUCAAAGUGUCAAUGUGUCAAUGUAGUUGCUGCAGCGGCAGCUGCUAGUUAUGCACGUUCUUGUUUAUAUCAUGGUGUUGCUAUGGCUGCAGCAUCAUACAAUAAUUUUGAUCCUUGUACAAGAACAAUGACUACAACUAGUUUAACGAAUUCACUUAGUACAUUGAAUAGUUCCACUAAUAUAUCGAAUAUGAAUUCAUUAUAUCCAAGAUCAUUUUGUACUUCAACAUCAAUGACAUCAUCGUCUACAACAUUACCAUCUUCAUUAUUGCCAGCCUAUCAUUCAAUUCAUAAUUCACGUGAUUAUAAUCAACAUAAUCAUCAUUCACUUUCAUUUCCUGUGAUGCAACAAACAAAUUCAAUGUUUUUACCACCUCCACCACCACCACCUACUUGUCAACAAUCAUCCAUGUUUGAUUUUAAUGCUUUAAAUUCAUAUCCCUACUCAAAUUAUCAUCAACAUAUUGGGAAUUCGAAUUCAAAUGUAGUGUUGGCUGCAGCAGCUGCACAUAAACAUGUACAAUAUUUUCAAGGUAUUUACUCACGUGCUAAAUCGAAUAAAGCCAAAGGACAUGGUGGAAUAAAUCAACUUGGAGGUGUUUUUGUCAAUGGACGUCCAUUACCAAAUCAAGUCAGACAACAAAUAGUUCAAUUGGCCAAUCAAAAUGUACGACCAUGUGAUAUUAGUAGACAAUUAAGAGUUUCACAUGGUUGUGUUAGUAAAAUUUUAGGACGGUAUUAUGAAACUGGAAGUAUACGACCUGGAGUUAUUGGUGGAUCAAAGCCAAAAGUUGCAACGGCUUCCGUUGUUGAAGCUAUCUGCAAAUAUAAAGAGGAUAAUCCAACUAUGUUCGCAUGGGAAAUACGUGAUCGUCUAUUAAAGGAUCAAAUAUGUACAGUAGAAAAUGUACCAUCUGUAUCAUCAAUUAAUCGUAUUGUUAGAAAUAAGGAUAAUCAAACUACAAUGGAACCACAUAAUGUAUUAUCUAGAAAACGUAGUCAUCGUCAAAUUCAUAAUACAUCACCAACAACUAAAACCCAAUUAAGUCAAGAUUCAAAUUAUCAUGAUUCACCUGCAACAACACCUUUAAGUCUUCAAACUGAUUCUUCACCAAAAUCAAUUAAACUAUGUGAUUUUGCACAAGAAAACUAUAUAAAUCAUAGUCCAAUAACAUUAUCAGUAGUUGGAGGUAAAUCAACAUCAACAGGAACUUUAACAACAACAACAACAACACCAACGACAAAAUCCAAUACAUCAUCUCAUUCAGUAAGAUCAUCAUUUAAACAAUUAAUGUUCACGGAUAAAACAACUUCAAAUCUUUUAAAUUCCGAUAUAAAACGUUUUUAUCAUUCACCGACAAUGUUUAAUAGUUCAAUAAAUGGAAGGAUAUAUGAUAAUAAUAAUAAUUAUCCAGAAGUUUCUUAUACAUUUCCUAAUAAUAAUAAUAAUAAUACCAUUAAUUCAUUUCAAUAUUCACAAUUGACACCAUAUUUUAAUCGAAAUUAUGAAGAAACUAUUGAACAUUUAAAUCAAGCGGUAAAUUCAAAUUUAUCAAAUGUUAUUUCAUCAGAAAAUUGUGAAUCAUUUAAAAAUCAAUUAAAUAAUUUAAAUUUUAAAUUUAUUGAAGAAAAAUAUAAUGAAAGAAUAAAUGAAAUAGAUGAAAGAAAUUAUUUAACUAAUUUUAAUAAAACUAUUAUGACUACUACUACUACUACUAAUACUGCUAAUACUACUAAUACUACUACUAAUGAUAUUAAAGAUAUUCCAUUACCAAAAAUUAUAAAUACAUUACCAAAUGAUAUAUCUAAUAAAUUAAAUAUGAAUAUUAUUAAUGAUGAAAGAUUAUUACAUAAUCAUUAUAUUAAUGAUGAAUAUAUUCAACGUUCUAUGUAUAAUCGAUUUUCAUCAACUGAAAAUGAUUUAUCCAUUAUUAGAUAUUCCCAUUUAUAUCCUUCAUUAACUAAUACAAAUAAUACUGAUGAUUAUAAUAUUACUAAUAAUGAUAAUAAUAGUAGUAUAACAAAUUAUUUAGUACAAAAAUCAGUAAGUAAACAACCUAUAUCAAAUAUAAAUACAUUAAAUGAUUUAACAUGUUUCAAUAAUGGUACUAAUCAUAUUGGUUUAUCAACUGAUUAUAGUAUAACUGGAUUAUUAGGUUUAACAAUGGCAGCAUCAAAUGGUUUUAAUACAUUAUAUGGGAACGGAUAUACAUUUAAUGGGAAGAAUAAGAACUUAAAUUUAUUAAUUAAUGAUACACUUGAAAAUUUUCAUAUCCAACAACAACAACACCAACAACAAGAAAGUGAACAACAAGGUCAUUUAAAUUUUGACUUUUCACAUCAACAAAAUACAAUUUCACAACAUCCAUCAUCUCUUUCGCAUUUUCAUCAUCAUCAUCAUCCUCAUCAUCAUCAUCCUCAUCGUCAUCAACAUCAGCAUCAUCAUCAUCAUCAUCAUGGUAAUAGUCAUACACAUGAUUCAGAGAAAUAUUCUGAUUAUGUACAACAACAUCAGAAUUUUCUUUCUUAUAAAUUAUCUCAAAGUCUUAAUGUACAUAAUGAGAAUGAAAAUCAAAUUGAUGAAAAGAAUCAACUGGAUAACAUAGAAUGUUCAACAUUUAGACCAGAAAUUUUUAAAAAUUAUAAUGGAUUAAUAAUUAAUAAUAAUACAUCUCAUAGAAAUGAUAUGAAUGAAAUUGUAGAAACAUUAUCCAUCUCAGCAUCAACAACAUCAUCAUCAUCAUCAUCAUCUUCUAAUUCAAUACCGAUAAUAACGACAAUAGUAGAGAAAACAACUACAGUAAUGACAGAUAUAGUAUCACGACCACAAUUGUUCACAUCAUCAUCAUUGUCAUCAUCAUCAUCAUCGUUAAAAUUAAUCUCAAGUACACCAAUUCAUAAAAAUAAAUUGAUGGGAAAAGAGCACAUCAAUAUGCAUCGUAAAAAUAGAUUACAGAAUUUCGAAAUGAAAUGUACAGAUACUGCAAAGUUACUAACCAACUGUUCUUCAAUACCCACAGUAGAUCAUGAUUCACCAACAAUAAUCAAGAAAUCUAUUGAACAUAUUGACAAUUCUACAAUAAAUGAUAGUAAAGAUGAACUAUAUAAUUCAUCAACAUCAUUUUCAUCAUCGUCAUCUCCAUCAUUCAACUCAUUCAAUAAUAAUGAAUCCGGAAUUUCAUUUAUAUUACCGACGAAUUCAAAUCUUUCGAGUAAAUACUUAAAUAGAUUAUCGAAUAGAACUUCUACAAUAAGUGAUUCCUUAAACUUUAUGGAUUCAGCAUUAGAUAUUAAACCUUUAUCAAAUAUAAAUCAAAAUAUUGAUCAAGGAAGAUUAUCAAAAUUUCCUGGAUCUGAAUUAAUGGCGAAAAUUCCAUGUAAUGAUACAACUACAAUAUAUGGUCAUAUUGAACAAGAUUGUUUGUUAAAUAAUGAACCUGUAUUUAAUAAAGAUAAUUAUAAAGAUGGAUUCCAGUCAAAUAAUGAUUUAUCUAGAACAUAUAUGUCAUAUUUUAUACCUUCUUCUUCAUCAUUAUCUUCUUCGCCCCCUUUUCAAUCACCACAUUUAACAACUAAUCUACCAGAAGUUACUACAGAUAUUGUUAAAUUUCCAUUUUAUUUAAUGUCUGACAAAGCAAAUAAUUCAUACUAUACACAAACAUAUACUAAUUUAGAUUUAAAUGAAACAGAUUGUAUAACAACAGAAUUUUUUUCUAGAUCAUUAACCGACAGAAUUAAUAUACAUCGAAAUGAAAUAAAUGAUGAAGAGGAUGCAUCAAUUAAUAUUUCAUCAAAUCAUUGUAGAGAUACACCAGAAUUUCCAACACAAUAUUCAUUAAUCUGA